AUGUCCUCUAGUUUGGAGUACAGAGAUAGAGAAAGGCAGAGAAAACGAGAAAGUAGGCGGCAAGCAAGCCAAGCCCAACGGGAGAGGGAGCGGCAGAGAGCUAGAGAAAGGAGACGAAACUGCUCUGAUGAGCAGCGGGAGAGGGAGCAAGGGAGAAACAGAGAAAGGAGGCACAAUUUUACUGACGAGCAACGGGAGAGGGAGCAAGAAAGAAACAGAGAAAGGAGGCGNUCGCUCACUUAUAGUACAACUUUCAUUUCACAUUUUAACCAAGUGUCAGUGAAAAUGUCAUAGCGGAGCUCCGCGCGCGAAGCGCGCCCGCGGAGCACCAUGGGUAAAUAAAUCUACCCAUCCCAGAAAAUUUGGUAAUCACGUGACCGACCGACCGACCGACCGACCGACCGUCCGUCCGCACCACAGGCAAACCAAUGCAAAAUUUCGGGCAGUCUGUGAGUGCAUAUAGUUUUUGGCGCGAAAACAAAGGGCCGCCCGCGUUUCGUGAAGCAUAAACAACUGAAAACUUCAGCGAAGUCAACUCAGAAGAAAAAGAAAUUUUUCGUAUCGGUUAAGCACCGCGCAAUUCCGCAAUUCUUGUAUCUUAUUUAUUAUGUCCUCUAGUUUGGAGUACAGAGAUAGAGAAAGGCAGAGAAAACGAGAAAGUAGGCGGCAAGCAAGCCAAGCCCAACGGGAGAGGGAGCGGCAGAGAGCUAGAGAAAGGAGACGAAACUGCUCUGAUGAGCAGCGGGAGAGGGAGCAAGGGAGAAACAGAGAAAGGAGGCACAAUUUUACUGACGAGCAACGGGAGAGGGAGCAAGAAAGAAACAGAGAAAGGAGGCGCAAUUUUACUGACGAGCUACGGGAGAGAGAACAGGAAAGAAGCACAGAAAGAAGGCGCAGUUUUACAAACGAGCAACGGGAGAGGGAGCAAGAACGAAACAGGGAAAGAAGGCGCAAUUUUACUGACGAGCAACGGGAGAGGGAGCAAGAAAGAAGCAGAGAAAGGAGGCGAAAUUUCACUGAAGAGCAACUGGAUAAUGAACGAGAAAGAGUAAGAGAAAAUAGACGCCGAACUAGCGACGAGCGGCGAAGAAGGGAGCGAGAAACAGCAAGGGAAAACAGGCGUCGUAUAAGCUUAAGCUUAAACGAAAACGAACGGGAAGGAGGAGAAGGUGAGUGACUUUCUUCAAAUUUUUUAUGUAUCGAAUGCAGGGCGUUUUGGCUUCUCUAAAAACGUUAAACUCAUACAGAGGUUGUCUGUUGUUUUGUUUGUUUAACCAAUCCGAGCUUACGUCACUUGUCACGUAGUGUCGAGUUUCAGAGGAGAUGAACACGAAGUCGGAGACCAUUGAAUUUAACAAAGAUAUUACAUUAUAAUGCUCAUCGAUGUAUUCAUUAUCCAAUCUUUUUGGUGCGGAAAACCCAAGGUAAUCUUGAAAUUGUGCAAGUGAUGUAAUUUCAUCAAGAAUUUACAUUUCCUUAACCAUAAUCUGCCUUUUUGUUCUGUCCGAUGCGACCGUGCCUUGAAUCGCUGAAUGAAUGAAAACUUCCUAUCUUGAAUUUUAUUUGUCAUGUAAGCUUUUAAAAUUUGGCGCGACUCUGGCCUCCGUGACAGGAGAAAAUUAUUUAGUGUUAGAGGAUCCCGUGAAAGCGUUGUAUUCUCAAAAGUGUAAAGUUGGGGUAUCACUGUUGCAUCCUUCAGGGGCACCCAACGACAAUUUUCGGAAAAUAUCUGUUCGGAAGACGAUUUGAGAUCUAGAAUUUUCGUAACAUUUGCUGUAAAAUUUCUUGCUUGCCUGGCUCUCCUAGGAUUUUCGAACUUCUAAAAAAUGGUAUAAUUGCCCAUUUUUAACGAAUUUUAACCCUUAAAAGGUCACCUAGAAUUUUCGGGAGCCUUUUUUCUGGCUGAAAUUUUCGAAAAGGUAAAUUUUGAUUCCUAUAAUUUUCGGAUCACUAGACUUUCAGCUAGGAAAUCCGAACAGAUAAAAAAUUUCUAGGGAAUAAAAAUAUGCCUAUAUCUACCGUUUAAAUACUAAAAUACGUUUAACAAUGCUAUGUUUUACUGGUUUUGAACUCUAUUCUCGUUGGGUGCCCCUGAUCCUUGUGCCCGGCGGACACUGUAGAUUGAGACUGAAAAUGUUUUGCCCUGGUUUUCCCAAUGCUUGUUGAAAGAGCUCAUUUCAUACAGAUUGUUCGGGUUCAUGCAUGCCCCUUGUUUUCUUUGUUCAGGGUAAACAGAAUUUAAAGGAGCAAUUUGGCUGGCUAAUCUCCCUCAUGCAAUUGAAAUAACUUUUCUUUUAUAAGUAUUUAGGCUUUUCCCUGUUGUAGAUAUCUAUCUUCUUAUGUUUUAUGUAAAUUAAAGGAGUUCAUAAGCCAGUGCUCGAAAUUGUUUUUGCCGGUCAUGUUGGCAGGGGAAUUUUCGCGUUAAGGUCAUGUCUUCUUUUUGACCAGACCCAAGUUUACCUGCCAAACAAAUUAUAGCUGGGACCGGUCAAAAUACAGUAAAAAGUCCCUGGUAAGAAUCUGCAUUUUCCCACAGCCUGAACAGGUUUCUUAAAAAAAUAUAGUUAUUGGGUAUUUUUUCUAAAGUAACAUAGGUUCUUAUUUUCUGAAGGAAAAAGUAUUGUAGGUAUAAGAGUACUUAAUCUUCAAUGGGGUGUUGUCUACCAAAGAGAUUCUUGAAUAUUUUUCAAGUGAAAAGAGGUUUUUCUUAUAGAUUUAAGAGAAUAUGAAUGUCUUACAAAUAAAUAGAAUUGGGCUAAGCAGGUUGUGAGGGGGCCUAACUGGCAAAAUAUAGCCUAACAGCGGGUUCUCAGUCACAGGUUAAUACUGUAUUGAAAACAUUGCACUUUGCAGUAAACAGGAAAAUUAAGACAAAAAAAUGUCCCCAUAAAUGCUCAAAAACUCCUUAAUUGUAUUGCAAGAUGGGGAAAUACUGAAUUUUAGUCCAAACAUAAUCAUGUUAUUACCCAUUUUUGAGUGCAGUUAUCAAGUUAUGAAAGCAACAUUUCUUUAAAAGACAAUGAGCUAGAACAUGUAAAAGUAGUUAUUUCAAUUUUCAGGUACUUAAUGUUGCCAGCUAUUUAAAUCUAGACCGGACAUAGUACAUUGACUGAACAUAAUUUUAAGCCUUGACAGUCUGUAUUCUUUUCCUUGUGGAUUAAUUGCUUUUAACUCUAACAGUACCUAUUAACUUGAUUAAGAGCCAAGUAUUUCAUUCAUUGGAGGGUACAGUGUAUUAAAUUCCCAGUGAUACUGUCAGUCUCAGGUUGUGUACAUUUUAUUUGAUUUCCCGCAAGAGUUAAAGCAGAAGUCACAACUUCUGGCUCUGAGUAUUGUUCCGACGUUUGUUUUCUUUGGACAAUAGGUUUAUGCAUAAGUAAUGUUAAUGGGGCGAGGGAAAAUCCUUCCUCAACUAAAGGUUUUUAAAAUCUUCUCUUCUUAGCCUUGGAAGAAGAUGAAAGUGAGGUCCUCCAAGUUGAAUGUAGGAUGGAAUGCUCUCUUGUAGGUGAACAAGAGCAAAGACAUUCAGCAGGUAUAUACUGAUAUAGUUGAUUAUGGUAGAUGGUAUUUAUUUUGAAAGUUAAUAAUAUACAGGAAAAAAAGUUUGAACUGCAUUGCCUUAGAGCACCAUUGCAGUUUUCAAUUAACACAGUGCAAAAACGAGGAAACACAAAUGCAGAAAGCAAAAUAAUGCAAAUUUCUCAGAUAAUGAAAAACCGUGAUUGGCUAAUAAACGUUAAUUGAAAUAAAGAUCAGAACCAAUCAGGUGCGUACAUCGGGAAGCAUGCAUAGUUAAUUUUAUCCUUUUUCUUUUGUAGUUAACACUUUUUUUCCUUACACUUUAUUUUAUAAAUGUACUUGAUUAUUUUUAUUUAUUUAUUCAUUGUGGGUUGUGUUUUAUUUUAUUGUUGUCACCAAGAUUUUAAAAUAUACACCUAUUUCAAUUAAGGUUGCUCCUGUGAACCAUGUUUCAUAGCCUGCAGGGGACCAUGGUAAACCCUUUUGUAGUGGGAAGUUCAGUCUUGUUCAUGUUCAUUGAAAUAAUGGAGACCAUUUGUGAGAAGGCGUUCAAGAGAGCUUUCAAGUCAAAUGGCUUCUAAAAAUCUUAAGCAUGAGCGAGCUGAAGAAUUUCAUUUUUAAGAUUUUUAAAAUGUCACAGUAAGAAAUUAGAAGUCUCCUUUUAACAACAUCAAAUGGAUAGGGUUUUACCGCCUGAUUAAGCUGCACUUUUGCAUAGGCCAGAAUGCUGGUUAUUUCAAUAAAGCAAAUCAACGCUAUAUUCUUUUUUAAUUCAGUUUUCCAAAAAGUUGCCUCAAGAAUAGAUGAACGCAUAAUGUUAAGUUAUUUAUUGUAAUUAAACAAAUGCCUUGAAUUUUUUUUUAACUCAAAAAAUUCCCAUGUGCACAGGCCGAGCAAACUUGAUGAAACUUUGCAACAUUUGCAUAUUACCACAGAGAAAAACCUAACCUCAAAUCACUGUCUUAAAUUAAAAGGCGUAGGAUUCAUUGUUUUGAAAUACAUUUUCUUAACGUUCUGCUGACAUAACAUAGAAGUGUCAGCAGCCUUUGCUAUCUAGGUUUCUAGGUUCGUUGCGGGAAAAUAAUUUACUAGACUUUCCACAAUAAUGCACUGCAGGGCUAUGAAACAUGGAUCAUGCAUCAUGCAUCAUUCUUCUCUGAAGCAACCUUAAUUGAAAUAGGUGUAUACAAAGGUGUGUGUGUGUGUGACAAAUAGAUAUUUUUUUUGAGGGACUUAAAAGAGCAGCUAUAUAAUUCAUUAAUGAUAAGGCCUUUUCUCAUGUAUUUCAAGCAUUGCUGUUGUGCUUAAUAUGACAAGACAUCAUGUCUGUAUAGUUAAUUCUGCUGACUGGUUUGUGGGUUUUUUUGUUUUGUUGGCAUUUGAUUGUACAUAUUAUGGGAAAAGGUACCUUUAAGUUUGUAUUACUUUGAUUUACACACAGUUAAAAAUACAUUGAAUUCAUAUAGAGAUAAUUAUUUUUCCUAAUUAUAAUUGAUGAUUAGUAAUUGAUUGGUUUGGUCACUCUGAUUAUUUGAUGACUGAUUUAUGAAAUCUCGGUCAAUAUCACCACUUAGAAAUGAUUGUCAAGCCUUGUUGUAUUAUCUUAAGUUUGGAAAGUAUAUGGUGUAUUUUUUUUUGAAAUCAGGUUUUGAGAACAUUUCAAAAGAUACAGCAUUGUAAUAAUAACAAUGCUUGUACAGUGACACAAGCAGUUCUUAAGGGUGCAAAGAAACUCAGUUUUAGAGUUUGACCUAUUUGGGCAGGCUGUAGUGUGCAUUUAUUAGCCCAAGAGUCACAGCUUUUUUUAUUGUGCUUCACCAGUUCCUGCAAUUGAAUACCAAAAAAAAUUCACUUAUCCCUCAAGCAAGAUAAAAAAUACAAUCCACCAGCCCCAUACCUUAUAUUAAUUGUGUAGUUGGUAAAUACAAAUAAUUCAUUCACUAGGAGAAGAGUUGGAAAGGGACACUCCCGUAGUAGAAAAUGGCCCAGUUGAGGGAGCAAGCAAUUCGCAGGGAACGCAGCAAUCUCUUCCAGAAGAAAAUAAUUAUAGCCAGUUAGAAGGUGACCGUCUCAUUGCUAGGGCAAGGGUAGUUGGUGUGGACUAUGAGUUUGCAAAGCCUGGUGUAGUGGAAACAGAGGAUGACAGGAGAAAAAGAAAGCGGCGAAACCAAAGACGAAUAUCAGAACAAGAGAAAAGGUUGCAAGAAGUUGUUGGAGAUCUACCACCACCUCCACCAGCAGGUUCAAGUCAGCAAGAAGAUAAGGCGUACAGUGCUAUUCGUGCCUUUGAGGUGGAGCAGAUGACUUAUGCAUUCAGUUUUUGUGAGGUCUGCAAGGAACGACGACUGGAGUGCAAAGGCACAAGAAACAUGUGUACUCGCUGCAGGAGAGAUAAGAAGGUACCAAAAGUGUGGUCAGGUGAGAAUAACAUGGAUCCAAUGGCUGUUCCUGAGAUUUUGUCUGACAUGUCAGAUGCUGAGCAGAUGCUGAUAGCCAGGCUAGCACCCACCGUGCAUGUACACUUACUGAAGCAUGGAGGUAUCGCUUCAAAGGGGCAUUGCAUUGCAUUCCCACAGGCUGUGCAAGAACCGGCAACUAUUCUUCCACGACUACCGGCAGAGGUGGAUAUCAUACGCGUGAGAAGACAAGGAAAAGAUGAUACCCAUAAGGACUUCAGGGUUAGAAGACACCGUGUUGAGCGAGCCCUUCAUUGGUUGAAGGACAACAAUCCUGCUUAUGGUGAUGUUGUUAUUGAUGGCGCUCGCAUAGNUCUUAAAUUAAAAGGCGUAGGAUUCAUUGUUUUGAAAUACAUUUUCUUAACGUUCUGCUGACAUAACAUAGAAGUGUCAGCAGCCUUUGCUAUCUAGGUUUCUAGGUUCGUUGCGGGAAAAUAAUUUACUAGACUUUCCACAAUAAUGCACUGCAGGGCUAUGAAACAUGGAUCAUGCAUCAUGCAUCAUUCUUCUCUGAAGCAACCUUAAUUGAAAUAGGUGUAUACAAAGGUGUGUGUGUGUGUGACAAAUAGAUAUUUUUUUUGAGGGACUUAAAAGAGCAGCUAUAUAAUUCAUUAAUGAUAAGGCCUUUUCUCAUGUAUUUCAAGCAUUGCUGUUGUGCUUAAUAUGACAAGACAUCAUGUCUGUAUAGUUAAUUCUGCUGACUGGUUUGUGGGUUUUUUUGUUUUGUUGGCAUUUGAUUGUACAUAUUAUGGGAAAAGGUACCUUUAAGUUUGUAUUACUUUGAUUUACACACAGUUAAAAAUACAUUGAAUUCAUAUAGAGAUAAUUAUUUUUCCUAAUUAUAAUUGAUGAUUAGUAAUUGAUUGGUUUGGUCACUCUGAUUAUUUGAUGACUGAUUUAUGAAAUCUCGGUCAAUAUCACCACUUAGAAAUGAUUGUCAAGCCUUGUUGUAUUAUCUUAAGUUUGGAAAGUAUAUGGUGUAUUUUUUUUUGAAAUCAGGUUUUGAGAACAUUUCAAAAGAUACAGCAUUGUAAUAAUAACAAUGCUUGUACAGUGACACAAGCAGUUCUUAAGGGUGCAAAGAAACUCAGUUUUAGAGUUUGACCUAUUUGGGCAGGCUGUAGUGUGCAUUUAUUAGCCCAAGAGUCACAGCUUUUUUUAUUGUGCUUCACCAGUUCCUGCAAUUGAAUACCAAAAAAAAUUCACUUAUCCCUCAAGCAAGAUAAAAAAUACAAUCCACCAGCCCCAUACCUUAUAUUAAUUGUGUAGUUGGUAAAUACAAAUAAUUCAUUCACUAGGAGAAGAGUUGGAAAGGGACACUCCCGUAGUAGAAAAUGGCCCAGUUGAGGGAGCAAGCAAUUCGCAGGGAACGCAGCAAUCUCUUCCAGAAGAAAAUAAUUAUAGCCAGUUAGAAGGUGACCGUCUCAUUGCUAGGGCAAGGGUAGUUGGUGUGGACUAUGAGUUUGCAAAGCCUGGUGUAGUGGAAACAGAGGAUGACAGGAGAAAAAGAAAGCGGCGAAACCAAAGACGAAUAUCAGAACAAGAGAAAAGGUUGCAAGAAGUUGUUGGAGAUCUACCACCACCUCCACCAGCAGGUUCAAGUCAGCAAGAAGAUAAGGCGUACAGUGCUAUUCGUGCCUUUGAGGUGGAGCAGAUGACUUAUGCAUUCAGUUUUUGUGAGGUCUGCAAGGAACGACGACUGGAGUGCAAAGGCACAAGAAACAUGUGUACUCGCUGCAGGAGAGAUAAGAAGGUACCAAAAGUGUGGUCAGGUGAGAAUAACAUGGAUCCAAUGGCUGUUCCUGAGAUUUUGUCUGACAUGUCAGAUGCUGAGCAGAUGCUGAUAGCCAGGCUAGCACCCACCGUGCAUGUACACUUACUGAAGCAUGGAGGUAUCGCUUCAAAGGGGCAUUGCAUUGCAUUCCCACAGGCUGUGCAAGAACCGGCAACUAUUCUUCCACGACUACCGGCAGAGGUGGAUAUCAUACGCGUGAGAAGACAAGGAAAAGAUGAUACCCAUAAGGACUUCAGGGUUAGAAGACACCGUGUUGAGCGAGCCCUUCAUUGGUUGAAGGACAACAAUCCUGCUUAUGGUGAUGUUGUUAUUGAUGGCGCUCGCAUAGAGAAUUUACCGGAAGAUGGUGAACUGCCGAAUUUGAGGACUGUUGAGUUCUCUGAAACAGAACGCACAGAUGACCGAGGCCCUGCACCACAACAAUUGGAUGCUGGGGAUACAGACAGUACUGAUGACUCAACAGUCUCUGGAAUUAUUCUUCCAGAGCCUGGAGUAAAUGUGCAAGCACAAGUAGAAGCAGCCAUAAAUGAAGUUGUUUCUGAACCUCUGGAAGGUGAAGCUGGAGAAGCACAACGAAAUGUGCAACGACCAGUGAUCCCUUGGCCGACCACAGGCACAACGCCAGCAUCAGAGUUUACCACUCCCUACUUUUUUACGAUGGCAUUUCCUUGCUUGUUUCCUCAUGGAAAGGGUGAUUUCCACAUAAACCGUCCAGUGACGUGUCCAACACUGCAUAACUGGGCAGAGCACCUGCUGUGGUACCAAGACGGAAGGUUUGCGAGGCAUAAAGUCUGGAAGUUUGUUGUCCACAAUAUGAUCAUGAGGAAGCGUGCCCUGGAACAGAGUCGGUUCUUUGUUGAUCAGCAACUUGGUGACCCACAAAUAACUGUU